CUGAAAUUCCAUUUAGGGAGUCUCUCUUUCCGUGUUUGGUGCUUUCUCCAUCUUGUCAUCCUUUUCUAGCUUCAUGAUGGUCCUGCAGGUCGCUGAGGGCCCAUGGACAGUGGCUCUAAUGAUGACACUGUUGGUGCUGCUCAAUCCCAUGGUCCAGGUCAAGGCUACUCCAGCUAGAAACCCAGCCUCACCUCCUUACUGCUAUCCAGCAGGCCUAUUAUCUCUCCCAGGGGCACAGCACAGGGAGCAGGAUUUCCAGACCACAAACAGGGCAGAAGAGAACAGCCAUGAGAGAGCUGGGACCCAGGACAAGGAAAGCUUGGCUGAAACAACCUCUGGGAAGCAUAAGUGUGACCAAGAACAGAGCUGCCCCGGGAAGUCUCACCGCCCCCUCCCUGCAGGGAAGUACGUGUGGCAGGGUCUGCAGGAGUGCUACACAGUCAACGGGACGCAGCGCUACGUGGAGAGACACGUCUACAACCGGGAGGAGUACGCACGCUUCGACAGCCACCUGGGCAAGUUCCAGGCGGUGACCGAGCUGGGGCGGCCCAGCGUCAAUCACUGGAACGACCGGAAGGACAUUCUGGAACAGAAGCAGGGCCGGGUGGACACGAUGUGCAGACACAUCUACGAGCAAUACGAGGGCUUCCCCCCGCAGCGCCUAGUUGCCCGGCCUGAUGUGAACGUCUUUCUCUCCAAGAAGAGGCCCCUGCAGCACCACAACAUGCUCAUCUGCCAUGUGACAGAUUUCUACCCCGGUGACAUUCGAGUCCGGUGGUUCCUGAAUGGAAAGGAGGAAACAGAUGGGGUUGUGUCCACCAAAGUGAUCCGUAACGGAGACUGGACCUACCAGAUCCUGGUGGUGCUGGAAAUGAUCCCCCAGCAGGGAGACGUCUACACCCUGGACAGGCCUGUCACCGUGGAGUGGAAGGCACAGUCUGAUUCUGCUCGGACCAAGAUGCUGACUGGAGUUGGGGGCUUCGUGCUGGGGCUCACAUCCCUGGUAGCAAGCUUCGUUCUCCAUCUUAGAAGCCAGCGAGGUAAGAAAACUUCCGGAAAGCAUUG